AAACACAGAAGUCAACUCUCUGCCACGAUGAUUUGCCUUUCGGUGCUUGUUGGCUUCCUGUUAGUCUUAACAGCUGAGGCCAGAGUUGGAAACUCAUCUCAGUUAGCAUUCUGUACUGAGACAGAACAGUGCCUGCUGUUUGAUCUGAUUUGUAAAACUGAUGAUUACGAAGUCCGUCACUAUGACUCUGUCAAUUGGGUUUCAACUGACGAAACAUCCUGGUUCAUGGACAUCGCAACAGUGACAGCAUUCAGACGACUGUUUGCCUACAUCGCUGGAAAUAAUAUUAAAAUGACAGCUCCUGUUCUCGUGAAAUGCACUCCCGCCACCUCAUUCUGGCAAACGGGUACCUACACAAUGAGUUUCUUGCUGCCAGUUGAACAUCAAAAGAAUCCCCCCAAACCUACUGAUGUUAAGGUGUACAUCAACAAGAUGCCAGAUAUGAAAGUCUAUGUACGCAGCUACGGAGGAUGGAUGAUGAGCUUGACUGAAAAAAAGCAAGUAGAAAAUCUGCGCAAUGACCUUGAUAAAGUGGGUGCAGAGUACAAAGAAAGCUUCCACUAUUCUGCUGGAUAUAACAGUCCAAUGAAGCUGUUUAACAGGCACAAUGAGGUGUGGUACAUCGUUGAGGAUGAGCCGAUGUGUACCAGCAGUGAGGAAUUGGAUUUUUCUCCUUCCUCCUAAAUAUUAUAAGCCGUGUGCAAUGACAGCUUACAGUAAACAUGGUAUGUAAAGAGAUGUUGUAGCUGGACAUUGCCUCAAGUCAUAAAGUGUCAUAUAAAUAACCUGCCAGCAAGAGCACAGAUUUAAAAACUGCUGUUGGAUUUGAAUGAAUUGAAUACACCAUGCAGUACUUGUU